AUGAGCAAGUAUGAAAUUGGGGAGAUAGCCCAACUAUACUUUCCGAAUGAGAUGUUUUUGAAUGAUGAUGAAAUAGCUUCGGCGCCUGAGAGCGAGAAGAACAGUUUCGAUUUUACCUCUUUAAUGCAAAAGCUCAAAGAAACAAGGAAAACCACGAUUAAAUAUGCGGGCAAAGGAACAACUGAAGGUUUGCAUAAGUCCUUUCAACAAGAAAAGUUCAUCUUGCCACGAAACAAAGAGAACAGAGAUUUUAAUACGAAUAAUAGCGACGAAUAUGAUUACGAAAAAGAGACCGAUUCUGAAAUUGAGCUUUCUUGGAGACCCUUAGACGAGAUUGCAUUAAAGAGAAAAGCUUUAAAUAGGGUUGGAAAUUGCUUUAAACCAAUGCCAGGUGAUGACAGAGAUGAUAAUCAAAAAAAGGGUAAAUUUACUGGCGGCUGUGCCCAGUUACUUGGAUUUCCAGCACAAACACCAGCGCCCCAAGAAGAGGCUUAUAUGUUAGACAGGGGAGGGUCCACAGAGGAUAUCAAAAGUUCUGUUAAAAAAGCACAUCCUGUUGAUUUCUCAACUAGACGUAAACCCACGCAAGACGAGAAUGACAAGGAAUACUUUGAAGUCGAGGCUGUAUUGGGUGGGAUAAAAGAUGAUAUCAAGCAAACCUUACAGAAGGUUGAUGAUAUUAACAAAUUUAUCUAUAGCAAAAUUGAUUCAAGUACCAGAGAAGCGAAUAUGGAUAAACAGAAUGAAAUUACUCGUAUCGAGACGAAUGAUUACCAAGUGUCAGAAUGUAUACCCGGAACUUUUCCCGAAAGGAUAAUUUAUCUUCGUGAUAUUGUUCAAGCACCAGAAGAGCAAACCAAUCAUUUAAAAUCAAUUGAUUGGAUGAAAUGGUUGGUUUCUUGGCCAAUUAAAUGGAAAAUUGCUUACUACUUUGGAUGUCAUGUAUUGUCCUUUUCAAAUAAAGACUACUCCAUUUCUCAAAAGUCAAUGGAUUUGCUAGAAAACAAUAAUACGCUCACAAUUCCUGAACUUGAUAAACUCUUAGGUUGCUACAUGGCAUAUCGCGUUAUAUCAAGAAACCUUUAUGACAUCUCUUCCGCUCUUAAUGAGAUAUAUGACUAUUCAUACAAAUUCAUCUUACAGUAUGACGAUCUACAUCCUCUCCAACAAAAAAAAUGGAAGGAAUUGUUCACAUAUGGAGCAUUGAAUAUUUCUUUAGUAUUUUUUGGAACUUUGACCUUGGAGAUGUUUCUUUCUCCUGGAAAAACCUCUUCUCCAGUGUUCGGUUGCCUAUGGAAUAUUGGAUUUGGAUCUUCACAAAAAGCUGGUCUUGCCAUAAUGUUAACCCUGUUUUACUUAAAUUUAACCAAAGAAACCCUGCAUAAGUUCAAUAUACAUGUCAAAAAAGAAAUCGAAAAGGAGAAGGAGGAACAGUUUCGAACGGCACAGCAGUCCGAAUUCCCUAAUAAACUGAAUUUGAAGGAAAGAUUUAGCUGCACUAAUGUAUAUCCUCAAAAAGAUGUCAGUGAUAUUAUAGUAGAUGAAAAUGACCAAGGUACCAAAGAUUAUUGCUCUGCUCUUCUGGAGUCUACACCCCCCUUCACAAGAAAUGCGGAUAGUUUAAUGGCACAAAGUCCAUUACUUAAAAAAUCAUCAAACGUAAUAGCCAGUGAUUCGAUUAGACUAGCACCGUUGUCUCAGCCUGAAAAGGGGAAAGGCAGCUGGAGGAAUAUAGAAGAGGUUCAUCUAAUAAAGACAUCUAAUAAAACUUCCUAUGAUAUAUUUUUUGCUGUUCUUUCGAAAAUACUAAUACUUACAUCUUCGUUGCUUCAACAGCCAAUAUCUACUUCUAAACGCCUACGGCCAAGAAGAAUACUUCGUUCCAUAAAGAAGAUAGUGAAUACCCCGCUAUAG